AUGGGCCGCCCGCCCAAGGAGAAGACUGCCAACGAGCUUUCAUUCCCUACUUCGUUUCCGACGAGACAACAUGGCACCAUCGCUGUCUGCCGUCUCCUCGUUCCAGCUACGUAUAGCAACAGCCUUUUGCUCUUGUCGCUUACUCCUGCAUUGAACUCUCACACUCCCGUGUCGCUCGUGUUUCACUUAAGGUUCUCGACUCCUACUGUGCCCACGGAGGAUGAAGAAGGAGACGCCUCUGACAGUGACGAUGAGUGGGGCAUCGUACACGCCCCAAAAAUUCCCUCAGCUCGUCCUCGACCGAGUCGUAUCCGACUGAGAACAACGUCUCAUGGCAUCAGAGUAUCUCUCGUUCUAUCCGUUGCUGGCUGCCACCGGGCACCCUCCCGCCUUCGACUCCAGCGGUCUCAAGCGACAUGGACGUUCCAUGACUCAAUACGGUGUCCACACAUCGCACUUCGGUUUGUUCAAGACCCCGCGUUCACCAUUGGUUUCGUGCUGCUGUCUCAGUUUGAUGCUUACGUGACAGACCGCUUGGAGUGUGCCACUCGACGCCAUGCUGAGUGGACGAAGGGCAGUGCACUUUGUUGGUGUCCGCGUCUUACUACAGCGGUAAACGUCAAUGGAACGGAGAUUGCGACCGUGCCGCAACGAGCCUGCACCGACAAACCCGCUUCGGAAGCUGCCCAACAAAAUUCGGUGCACCUAUCGGCGGGAACAAUUGCGAAAGCUCAGGAGUCUAGAACACAGUCUCAUCAGCAGAUUAAUGGAGUAAAGCAGGUGAAGUUGAGCAAGACAAAGGAGACGCGUCGGCCGUGGACACAACGAUUCGCUCCAGAAGCGCGCUAUAUGAAGUACGAGCAGUCGGCCUCAUACACUCGCAGGCGGCAGGAGAACAUCGAGCGCCGGCGGCGGGCCUUGCAGCCAGCGUCCAGUACGAAUCCAGCUGACAGCAAGUGUAUUCCCGGUUCAAGAAGGCGGUUGGGCAGCAAGCAUCUCGCCGAAGUAUAG